AUGUUUAAGAAAUUGUUGAGCAAAAAACUCAAUUCAUCAGAAUUGCCCCUUGAUUAUAUUAUUAUGAAAGGUUUACGUCCUGUGAUAUGUCACGGGCAGAAUAAUUGGCAUUCCCGGAGCGCGUCACACGUUGGACUUAUCUGGCGGCGCGAGAUGUCGCAAGCGCGGGCUGCAACGCGCCUCGUUAGUUUAGAACAAGUCUUUCGCCAGCACAUUAAGGCGCCGUCGCCGGCCGCCACGCGCUUCCGCCUCGCCGACCUUGCGUGCACGAUAUUUCCUCAGAAGGCAGUUGAACGAUUCGAAAAGUUC